AUGAACAACCCCAUAGGUUCUGCAUCGCGGCCUAUCACGGAAUUUGACUAUGAUGCCGAAGAUAUCCCCCACAUCAUCCAAGCCAUUGGCUAUUCACGAUUAAGUGCGCAGUAUCUUCCUGGCGCGAUCCACCGCCCAAUCGCAUACCCCCCUGACGUCCUCGAUUCGCUGAGACCAUUCCCCGAUUCCAACAGUGGUCCCCGUCCUCGUGGCCUCUUCGAUCGUCAUCGGCGACUCAUUAGCCAUGUUCUUUCAUGGUGCGACGUGCAGUCCCUCUUCAAUCUGCGACAAACGAACUUUCGGCUACGCAAAAUCAUAAGCAGGCACACCAUAUACAGGCACAUUAUCAAAGCCCUUCCUCUAUACCACGCAAUUCUCAGCACAAGAUAUGCGCAACAAGUGCUGGUCAUCGACAUUUGGACCCUUCUCGCCACAGAAUCGUGUGAGAUCUGUGGUCAAUUUGCCAUGCUCAUCAGCAUCCCUGAGUGGUAG